GUCUGGGGUGCGCCGCGUGACAAGAGCCGCGCAAUACGAGCGCUUUCGCAUUGUGUUUGGUACGAUGGGUUGCACUCUUUUUAAUCUCGACGUACUAUCGCGCAGCCGCGUGCGUGUUUGGCGACACAAUCUCUUGCUGGAACAACGGCAACGCACGCCUUUGAAAAUCUCCGAUCGCUCUUGCUAUCUCUUUAGUUCAGCGUAGCGUUUAUUGCCAGCCCGGUGGCCGUUUCAAAGCGCGUAAGGCGUCUUGCUAGGCCGAACGGGCAUCAUGGACGCAACUGUGACUGACGUGCCAAUCCUCCAGGUGGCCUCGUUGAACUGGUUGUACCUAUCUUUAUCCAUAGCGCUUUCAUUCUUGCUAUUUGCCGUCAUCACAUCGAACAUGAACAAGCCUAGAAUUCCUAAGGGAAAGAAACUGCCGCCAGGUCCCCGAGGCUUCCCAUUGGUCGGUCACUUGCCGUAUGGACCAAGAAAUUUCGAUUACAAAAGAUGCCUGGAAAUUUCAAAACAGCACGGACCGGUGUUCAGGCUGAAAGUAGGAGUGAAAGAUAUUGUUAUUUUGAACGACUUUGAAUCAAUAAAAGAUGUACUGACCAGAAAAGCUGUUUUGAACCGGACAGACAACUUCAUUCUAGACCGAUCGGGUGUUAAAGGCAUUGUGACGCUCAACGGCGAUGCGUGGCUAGAUAAUCGCAGAUUCUGCCUUCACGUGCUUCGUGACCUCGGUUUUGGGAGAAAAUCGAUGGAAGAGCACAUAAAGGAUGAAGUUCAGUACCUUGCUGAGAAAAUACUGGAACUACACGGCUCACCAGUGGACAUCCGCAAAUUCUUGGUCCCGAGCAUGUCCAACAACAUCGCAUCACUGGUCUUCGGCAGACGUUACCCAUUCGAAGACCGCAGGCGCAAGUUCCUGGAUGAGCGGCUGAAAAAGGCGUUGAGGAUCAUCGGAUCCGGGGGCCUUUUCACGUUCCUUCCUUCCUGGACAUUUCUUACCUUUUCAAUGGUUCCUUUCACUAACGUAGCCAAAAUCAAGGAAGUGCUUGAAGAAAUGUUCGAAUACGUCUCCGAGGAGGUUAAGCAGCAUGAAAGCAGCCUCGACGAAAACAGCAAUCGAGAUUUUAUUGACGGAUAUAUCAAGAAGAUGAAGGAGAAUAAAGAUAACCCACAUUCAAGCUUUAAAAUGGGAAACCUGCUUGGAAAUGUCCUAAACUUUUUCGGAGCUGGUUCGAACACUGUCCAGCUAUCGAUACAAUGGCACCUCCUGAACUGCGCCGACAAAGUGGACUCGGUGCAGCGCAACAUUCAGAACGAGAUCGACAGUGUGGUGGGGCAUGAGAGACCACCCUGCUGGGAAGAUCACAACAAGAUGCACUUCACCAUGGCCACCAUUUGGGAAAUGUAUCGAUGGCGCACUGUCGCGCCUCUCAGCAUCCCGAGAGAGGCUGCUGAGGACGUGGAAUACAAGGAUUACUUCAUUCCUACGGGAACUGUGAUCCUUCCUAACCUUUCGGCCGUUCACUUGGAUGCCGAGAUUUGGGAAAGUCCGGAGAUGUUCGACCCAUACCGCUUCUUGAAGAAGGACGGUUCCGGUCUAAUAGCCAAGCCAGACCAGCUCAUUCCUUUCUCCAUUGGCAGUAGGAUGUGUCCCGGAGAGACUCUGGCCACUGUAGAAAUCUUCCUCUACCUGACAACGCUCCUCCAAAAGUUCACCGUCAGGCCUGCGGAUGGGAAAAGAGUUGAUUUGGAGCCAGCUGCGGUUGCAUUAAACAUGCCCGUGCCGCAGCAGCUCAAGUUUGUAUGCCGACCACCGCCAAUGGAUUCCCUUCGUCAGGUUGCAUCAAAUGUUCAGGAGGCUUCAGGAGAUGCCACCCGACUCAUUUUAACUUUCGUACUCUCAUUCGUUUUGUUAAUUGCGAGCGGACUUUGGUUGCGCAUUGGCGGAGCACCUAAAGGCAGCAAACUACCCCCAGGACCGCCCGGAUUUCCACUUAUUGGCCACAUACCGCUGCGUACAAACAUAUUUGUCCUGAACAAGCUCAAAGAAUGGACGAAAAUGUACGGUCCCGUCUUUCGGGUAAAAGUUGGCUUCAGAAAUGUUGUCAUCCUGAAUGAUUUUGAAUCCAUAAAGGAGGCACUGUCCAUGAAGGAAUUGAUGGACCGAUCGGGGAAUCUCGUCAUCGACCAAGUUGGCUUUAGAGGUCUCAUGUCAUUGAAUGGCCAAGCAUGGCAUGACAACCGGCGUUUUUGUCUCCACGUGCUGCGCGAUCUCGGAUUCGGGAAGACCUCAAUGGAAGAGAGACUCAAGGAAGAAGCGGAGUACCUAGCUGAAAAGAUCGCCGCACAUCGGGGUGAGCCCUUCGUGAUCCAGGAUUUGCUCGUACCCAGCACGUCCAACAACGUGACAGCGCUUGUGUUUGGGGAGCGCUACGCUUACGAGGACGCGCGGAGAAACUUUCUGGACGAUCGACUCAAGAAGUUGUCGAGGUUCGUUGGCGCCCGACGGUUGAGCGCUCUUUUUCCCGGAUGGCUGAACCGGCUGGCGGCCAGAGUGCCGGUCCUGAAAAAUAACCUCGCUGGUCCGAUUCUGGAUGAACUUCUUGACUUUACCAAACGCGAGAUACAAGAGCAUGAAACGAGCCUGGAAGAACACAGCAAUCGGGACUUUAUCGACGCUUACCUGAAGAAAAUCAAGGAGAACGUACCUACUGGAAACUCUAGUUUUCACAUGAAUUCGUUGAUUGGCAACAUCUUCAGCUUCUUCGUAGCCGGCUCUAGCACCGUCCAGGAGACGCUGCAGUGGCACCUGCUGGUGUGCGCCGAUAAGCCUGAUCUUGUGCAGCGCAGAAUCCAGCAGGAGAUUGACCAAGUCAUUGGCCGCGAGAGGGCGCCAUCAUGGGCCGACCACACGGCUAUGCCUUUCACCGUGGCCGUGCUGUGGGAAGUCUACCGCUGGCGCACCGUCACGCCGCUUGGUAUUCCGAGAACAGCGGCCGAGAACGUCGUUUUCAAAAGCCAUUUUAUUCCCAAAGGAACUCUUGUGAUAGCGAACCUUCGGGCAGUGCAUAUGAACCCUGAGUACUGGAAAGACCCAGAAGAGUUCAAUCCACUGCGUUUCUUGAACGGAGACGGCUCGCGAUUGUUACCAAAGCCUGAUCAAUUGAUUCCAUUUUCUGUUGGAAAGCGGAUGUGUCCGGGAGAAACAAUGGCCACGGUCGAAAUUUUUUUGCAUCUGACAACAAUCUUGCAGAAGUACAACGUUCUCCCACAGGAAGGUUGCGACGUCAAUCUUUCAUCGGAAAGUACAUCGUUCAGGCUUGCGCAAAGGCAGAAGCUUCGUUUUCAGCCUCGUUGACAUCUACGAACAAAAAUUUUGAGCCACGUA